UAUAUAUAUACAUCCUAACAAUAUAUAUAUAUAUAUUGUUAGGACAUUUUAAAAGAAACAAAAACGAGUGUAGAUUUUCGAUAAUCUAAACAAUCAUUUUGGCUGAUAAUAAAUGAUCAUAUAUUCUCUAUUUUCGUUUAUCUUCUACAGUAACGUCAUCUAUCUAUCUUUCUUUUUCUCUCUCUCUCUCUCAAAUACACAUACACACACACACACACACACACACACUCAUAAUAUGUAUAUAUAUAUAUAUAUACCACACCAAACAUAACCUCACAUACAAGUAGCGGCAGUGAAGGAGGAGGAGAUAGAAACGCAUAUAACCAAACGACACUUCUCGUCGCGAUCGUCGCACGUUCCGCGUGUGCGAACGAGUUAAAUCGCGUGUGUUUGUAUUUAGAUGAGGAGAAUAUCUUUGUAUUUAUUGCGUGUCUAUAUUUGCGUGUGUGUGUAUGUUGUGUGCUGAGAGAGAGAGAGAGAGAGAGCGAGAGAGAGAGAAAGAGAGAGAGAGAGAGAAAAAGAGAGACUAGAUGUUGUUUAUCGUGUGAAUUCUAUAGAUCGAAGUGAGAAUUAAAUCACUGUAAAGAAAAUCCAACGACGACGACGACGACGACGACGACGACGACGACAACGACGAAAGCGGCAACAACGACGAAACAUGGCAACAAACAUUAUCGCAGAACACGAGAACGAGAUUAGGGUUAGGUUGAGAAGAACAAAGAGCGUCACACAUGCCGAGGAAAUCCAAAAGGCCGAACAGCUCGUCCGAAAAUCCCAACCUGAUAAACCAUGUCAUCGGCCAAGAGACAGUCUCUUUUCAUGGAGCUCCGGUUUCGAUAACUUUACGGGAUUCGUCAAUUGGGGCUUCCUCAUGCUUGGAAUCGGUGGAAUUCGUUUGCUUCUUGAAAAUUUUAUCAAAUACGGGAUAAGAGUGGAUCCAAGGCAAUGGUUUCUAUUUCUGAGCGGCAAGUACGACGGCGGUGAAGAGCAUCCUUCGAUUUUGUUGAUCGUUUAUUCCAUCGUGCCGGUGACUCUUUGCCUGUUGAUAGAGAAGGGAAUGUCUCUGGAUAUCAUAUCUCAUGGCCCAGGAAUGGUGUUCCACAUCGUAAACCUCAUCGUGAUGGUACUGAUGCCGAUGGUGGUCAUCCACGUGAAGGAUUCCGGAUUCAGCCUGAUUGGUGCCAUGUAUGUUUGUACACUCUAUGCCAUUCUAUUCUUGAAGCUUUGGUCGUACAUACAAGUGAACAUGUGGUGUCGCAUUAGCCGUAGAAAAACAUCAAGCCAAGGUAGAAUGCGCCGACAAUCCUUGUCUUAUAAUAAUCUUCAAUCAACGAACAUGAAGCAAAACGGUGUGGAAAGCGACGACAUCGGGCACGAAGUGAACGGUUGUGGUACUGCAUUGGUGCAAUAUCCAGACAACCUGAAUUUCGGCGACCUUUAUUAUUACAUCCUGGCACCUACCCUCUGCUACGAAUUAAAUUUCCCUAGGACCCAGAGAAUACGAAAAAGGUUUUUGAUAAAGCGCAUCUUGGAAGUCGUCGUUGGCUGUCAAGUUGUCAUGUCACUGUUCCAACAAUGGAUGAUUCCUUCGGUGAAGAAUUCACUUAUACCAUUCAGUAACAUGGACGUUGCCAAGGCCUCUGAACGUCUUCUCAAAUUGGCUAUACCGAAUCAUUUGAUGUGGCUAUGCUUCUUCUAUCUGAUAUUUCACUCGUAUUUAAAUUUGAUGGGCGAAUUAUUACACUUCGCCGAUCGAAAUUUUUAUUGCGAUUGGUGGAAUUCGAACAAUAUCGAUACAUUUUGGAGAAGUUGGAAUAUGCUGGUACAUAGAUGGGCCGUAAGGCAUCUUUAUAUACCGGUCGUCGAGAUGGGUUAUAGCAAGACGACGGCAUCUAUUACGGUCUUUUUCAUAAGCGCAUUCUUUCAUGAAUAUCUUGUCAGUGUACCAUUGAAAACAUUUAAAAUUUGGGCAUUCAUGGGUAUGAUGCUUCAAAUGCCGUUGUCCGCGUUGAGCAAGCUGGUAGAGAGACAUUGGGGCGCCAGGUGGGGUAACAUCGUCGUUUGGUCGAGUCUCAUCAUUGGACAACCCCUUUGCAUUCUGAUGUACUAUCACGACUAUGUGGUUACUCAUUUUGGGGAGACACUGCUCGAGGAUUAUUCGAUCGUAUAAAAGGAGUAUAAUUUAUGAAUUGGAAAUAUCAAUAAUGAGAGAAAGAGAGAGAGAGAGAGAGAGAGAGAGAGAGAGAGAGAGAGAGAGAGAGAGAGAAUUAAAGGAAUAAGAUAGAAUGAAAAAGAGUAAAGAAUUUGUAUCGUUAAAAAUUUGAUAAUUUCAAUUGACACUAGAAUUAUUUUUUUAAUACUUAAAUAAUUGCUGAUCGGUGUGUCGAUUAAACGUUUUUCUUUUUUUCUUUUGUUUCUUUUUUUUUUUUUUUUUUGAUUUUUUUUCUUUUUUUUUUCUAUCUUUCUUUUUUUUCUUUCGUCGUUUGUCUUCUAAAAAAAAAAAAAAAAAAAAAAAAAAAAAAAGAAAUAUAUGCAUCAUAGGAAAUAGAAGAAAAGAAAGAAAAGAAAAAAAAAGAAAACAAAUAUGUCUAAGAUCGAGGAUAGUACGAGUGCCUUAUAAAUAUAUAUAUAUAUAUAUAUAUAUCUCGUCGUGAUUCCUUAAGUAUUUCUUUUUUUUUUUUUUGUUUUUUUUUUUGUUUUUUCUUUUAAAAAAGAAAACUUUCUUUUUCUUCUUAUUAUUUCUUUUCUCUUUCCUUUCUUCUUUAUUACAAUUAACAACGCGUACACUUACGUAUUAUAACAUCGUGGCAAUUAACGUAGUUGGUAUUUGGAUAAAUUCUAUAAUAAUGUUAAUGUAGACAUUCUUUCGAAGAAAUUAUACAUGUGUAUGUGUCUGAGAGAGAGAGAGAGAGAGAGAGAGAGAGAGAGUAAAAGAGUGUAUGUGUGUGUGUGUGUGUGUGUGUGUGUGUAAGAGAGAGAGAGAGCAAAAUUCUUGGAUUUAACAGUUAAAUUGGAUUUUGUUAGAGAACAAAAAAAAAAUAGGAAAAAAGUAAAGAAGGAAAAGAAAGGAUGAAAAGGAAAAGAAUAAUGCACGUACAUAUAUUUAAAUUAUUCGCCAUAUAUGAUAUCAUGGUGCACAGAUCGCUUGGUAUAAAGGUUAACUUGUAUUUUCUAUGGAAAUGCUUCUACGUUUUCGAUUUCAUACUUUAUAUAUAUGUGUAUAUGUAUAUAUGCUACUAAUGAAAGAAAAACACGUUCCAUUUCUGGUAGCUGGUAGAUAAUCAUUUACUCGAGAACGUAGUUUUAAACGUUUCGUUAGAUAUCAGAAUCAUAAGUUUUCAAUUUUAUCUUGCAAAAAAAUUUUCUAAUUUCCCAGGUGCUCUUUGGAUAAUAUAUAUAUGCACGUUCGAACAAAUUUUCUUUUCUUUUCUUUUCUUUUGUUUGCUUUUUUCUUUUUUUUUUUUCUUUUUUUUUCUUUUUUUUUUUUCUCUUUUUAUCCGAAAAAGAGCACAAAAUUGACGAAGUCCUCUUAACACUUUCCCUUUCUUUGUACUUAAAGAGACUAAUCGGAAAGUGUAAUUUCUUAAAGAAAAAAAAAAAAAAAGAAAAAAGAAAAAAAACAAGAAAAAAACAAUAGAAGGCAAAGAAACAAGUAUAAUUAAUACACUUUCGUUAUUGUCCAUUUUAAACGAUUAAUUUUAUACAUGGUUCAAUCGAACACGCCGCGAAUAAGAUGUCAGUUAUCAAACUACCAACAGUUUUACAUGCUCCAUGUAUAUAUAUGUAGAAUGAGCGAUAAGUCCUUGGGUGGGCCAAAAGUUCCUACGUGAUUUUAAAAGUCAAUUACUUUUUUUCAAGACUUUUCAAGUCUUAUAAUUUUUACAGGCUAGCAAUUUUACAAGCUAGGCUUGUAGUUGUAUAAUUUGAACAAAAAAAAAAAAAAAAAAGAAAAGAAAAAAAAAAGAAAAGAAAAAAUAAAUAAAAAAGAAAAAAUAAAAAAAAAAGAAAAGAAGAAAAAAGAGAAGAGAAAUAGAAAAGAAAAAUUGCCCUUAAUGAUUUCGUAAAAGUGUAAUUGACGUUUAAUAUAAUUUUAGAAUUUUUGGCUCAUAUGAAAACUUUCAAUCCGCCCUAUAUAUUUAUAUAUAUAAUAUAUAUUCAGUGCCACAAUUUAUCUAAGAAAAAUAAAGAUUUUCCACAGA